UUUCCGGGUCUGGCAUCUUCCGUGCUUGCUGCUGUGCUCUGCGGAGACACCGGGCGUGGCAAUGGCGGUGAAGCGGCCCGUGCGCGUGCUGGUGGACAUGGACGGCGUGCUAGCUGACUUCGAGUCCGGCCUCCUGCAGGGUUUUCGCCGCCGCUUUCCCGAGGAACCGCACGUGCCGCUGGAACAGCGCCGGGGCUUUCUCGCCAACGAGCAGUACGGAGCCCUGAGGCCGGACCUGGCGGAAAAAGUGGCCAGUGUGUAUGAAUCUCCAGGCUUUUUCCUAAACUUGGAGCCCAUCCCUGGGGCCUUGGACGCUUUGCGAGAGAUGAACAACAUGCAGGACACCGAGGUCUUCAUCUGCACCACCCCACUGCUGAAGUAUGACCACUGUGUGGGCGAGAAGUACCGCUGGGUGGAGCAGAACCUGGGGCCAGAGUUUGUGGAGCGGAUUAUCCUGACUAGGGACAAGACAGUGGUCAUGGGAGACCUGCUCAUUGAUGACAAUGACGACAUUCAAGGCCUAGAGGAGACCCCAAGCUGGGAGCACAUCUUGUUCACCUGCUGCCACAAUCAGCACCUGGCCCUGCCCCCCACCAGGAGACGGCUGCUUUCCUGGAGUGACAACUGGAGGGGGAUCAUAGAGAGCAAGCGAGCCAGCCUGUGAAGGACCCUGAGGUGGACAGGACCCUGCCUGGACAGGUGACUUUCUUUAAUCAGGGAGCCACCUGAACAGACUGCCUUCCGGCUCCUCCCAGGAUGCCUACACCGGAAAGAAGGAGACUAGCACACAAAUACGGUGGAGAAAAUCAGGAGGCUUUUAAUAAAAAUAAAAACCAAA